UGUAAACUCAAAAAAAAACUUAAUAAAAAAAUAAAAAGUGACAUUUAUAAAAAAAAAUAAUUAUUUAUUAAAAAAAAAUUAAAUUAUGAAAAAAUUAUUUAUUAAAUAAUGUGACUGAGAAACGGCAAUGAUGGGACUUCAAGUAGCUGCAAGUAAACGAAAGUACGAGAUUGGUGCGUGCACCGAUCUGAACGACAUCCAACCAAACUGUACUCCGGCAAAAAAUCCUCGAAUUGACGAAAUUACGACAACAAUAACAACGACAAGUACAAGUUCCUCAACCAGUUCAAGUUCGAGCGAGUCUGUGACACUCGCGCAAGACGACCUAAUAAUAUCAACAGAAGCCAUUGAUACAAUUUCCACGCAAGAAGAGAGCAAUGCUGACACCACUUCCAUUAGUAUUAUUCAAACAACGUCAACAACUCAAGUCGUUUCGUCGCCUGAUGAGGGUACAAAGUCUUCAAUUCCACAGCUCACGGGACGCGGGCACGAAUUAACUCUCUCGAAGCUGAAUAGCAAUUGGGCGACAAACGCGGAUGAUGACGAACAAGUUAUCGAUCCCAUUAGCAAACUGCAGGCAGUUGCUGUGCCCGACGAAGCAUGGGGUAGCGAAAGUACCCGAUCAACUCUCGCAACGACACUUUUGCCUCCCGACGACUUAGACGAGGACAUGGAUGAUUUCGAAGACGAUUUUGACGAUGAUGAUGUUAUGUUGCCGAGUUACGGGCCGCCGCCGCAAGUCGCGUAUCAUCGUCAUGUGCCAUCGCCCAAAGGUUACACGCCGCAAUUCCAAAAGUACCCGCAAGAACAGUAUCACAAUCAAAAUUGUUCGCGCAGCGCGCCGACAUCCGCUUCAACGUACAAUCGGUACGGAUCGUGGAACAAUCAGUAUGUCAAUGAGUUUUAUCAUAACGAACCGAUGCCCGUCGCAGAUCCCCCCCAAACGAUCCGAUGUGCGGAAAAUGGAAAAUCUUACACGGAACUCGGGACUUAUACGUUUUUCAAUGCGAACGCGACGCGACACAUUAAACGUUGCUGCGACGGAAAAAAUAAUUGGUGCAAUAAUAAACAGUGCAACAAGGAAAAACGGAUACGAAUGUUAAAUUUAUCGAUGUUCAAGUUGUCACGUUUUCGUCAAGCCUCGGAUCAGUCGUUGUACCGUUCGGUGUUGAUCUGUAACACGCUAAAGGCGAUCGAGAAGGAAAUCGAGACGGAAAAACGUCAAGCGGCGCAAAUGAGAAGACAAUUAAGUCAAAUAGGACGUGGAAGUAGCAUAAUUUUAAAUGGAGGAAUUCGCUCAAGUACGCCUGUACCGUCGCAAAAACCUCCUGUGAGUGCGUCAGCGACGCCGCAGCAGCCAGAGUAUCAAGCGGGAGCUCCUCAUGCGAUAACGACGCCUGAAAUUAACACGACAAACAACAAUGAAUUACAAAAACGUAAUGAAUACAGUGAAAAUAAUCCUAAUAGCACGAACACAAGUAGUAGUAAUAAUUUAUUGAACGGCAGCAAUUACCUGCAAUCCACGCAGCAAUACACGAAUCACAACAGGAUAUACAGCAAUGGCUUCGAAACGCUUUCCGCACAAUCCUCUCCGCCGCAAAACUCGUACGAAUAUCAUCCUUUGAAAGAUCCUUCGUCGGGCAGAGCAACUCCAUUUCCCGCAUCCAAUGGAUACCCGGAUACUGAUUCAGGUUAUGGGGGCGAAGAUGAUAAUUUAAGCCCGGAUGGGCAAUUCCGCUCGAUUAAUUGGGGCAGCGUUCUGAGUCUUUCCUCGCAAUCCGCUUUGGAUCCUCUCAACAAUAACGAACUAUUUCCCGCAGUACCCGUCACACACGCUGCAUCUCCUGUCUCGUCCCCCGCUCCUUAUAACACAUGCGGCUUCAAUUCAACCCUCAAUAACUCCGCAACCACAACGACAAACUAUCUAGACAUGGAUUUAGGCUACGACGUACUCCCAAAUUGCUACAAACUCAAGCCAAUCGUUUGCGAUGACUUUUACACGCCCGAAGCACUCAAAAAGUGGAUGGAGCCUGGCAGUAAAAUAGUCUGCGAUGAUUUCUACAAAGCGCCAGAUUCGCACGAUAAUAACAUGCCUGAUACCUUUUCGACGCACAUCAUGGUUGGCAGUUAGUAAAAGGGGUGCAAAAACGUCGCGCGUCAAUUAAAAGCCUAAAAAAGUAUUAAGCUCUAAAAGUCUAGUCCUUCAAUCCUGUAAAAAAAAGCAAGAAAAUAAUCAAAUGAAGAUUAAAAUGAUGAACAAUUGUAUUAUGUACACAUUAAAUUAUAUUUAAAAAUUCAUAGUUAUAUUUAAUAUUAUUAUAUUUAAAGAAAAAAAAAAAGCAUAA